ACUUGAAAUUACCGUGGCCACUAGACGGGGGAAGGGAAGCUGAGAUUGGAGGGAGAAACAGUCAGAAACUGAGUUUUCAGAUAUUGUGUACAUAUGACAGCCCCUCCUCAGGACUCUGACCAAACAAGAACUCUAUCCAUGAGCCACAUCUCACUGGACACCUUCACUUCUUACUUUGGAUGUGUGCUGCUGUUUCAUGUGAGGCUGAAGACAUAACACAGCUUUGUGUCAAGGGAAUUAAACUGCAACUGUACUGGUAACCUCGAGGUGUGUACUCGAUUUGUCUUGAGUGCCAAAGAAAUGAAGUGUCUCGGACAGGGAGAGCCAAGCCCUGAAAAGCAAUGUCAUUAUCCAGCGUCUGUGUACGUCUGAUGGGGCUGAGGAGUGGACCCACUGGCCAAGCAGAUCUGCGGAGAAGAGGAAGGAGGCAGUUUUCCAGGAAACUUGUGCAUUGAUGGAUAGCCAUUUCCUUGUGUCGGCUCUUGUACACCGAAACCUGCACAUUCUCGUCAGUGUACACACUCAAGUUUGGACUUUAUAGUAACUAAUAAAACCGAGCUGUCAUCUCAACCACACAAUCAUCGCUAUAACGCAGAAAAGGAAAUUAAUAUGAUGUGCACAAUAUGGAUUUCUUCUGCAAGUGAUAGUUUUGGUAAAUCAUACUUGUGACUAUGGACAUUGAAUUCUCUACGUAUAUGACGAGAAAAGCAUAGAUAUUUGCAGUCACUACUAAUGUGCACUAGAGAAACCAUGGUGGUCCUUGCAUCAGCUCCUCAGCCCAUCUCAGUCCAUGACGACAGAAGCCUUUAGAGGCCAGGAUCAGGAACACGCUCGCCAGCCAACACACAACUCAUAUGCAAUGGAAGAAGACAUUGACGUCGCAUCCCACACUGAGGGCCUGAAUGGUUUGUCCCGUGAAUGUAAACCAUUAGAGGAUAUCACCAAUGGACACUCCAACCAUAAGCCUGUCAUGAAUGGACUAGUAAUUAGUCAUAGUGUCAAAGACCAGACAAACGGCAAUGCACCACUCAGGUCCCUGCCGAUUUCAGCACUGAAGCAGAAUGGUCUUUUGCAGACCCUGGCAGCUGGAGCGGACCAGCCUCAGCCUGCAGAGGAAAAUGUGGAGUUGGAAAAGGCCCGAGAAGAGUGGGAGGCUCUGGAGAACGUCCAACCAGCUAUCACUGAGGACUCAAACCCAACUCCACUCAUCUCCUUCAAUGAAGCUCUGCAGUACUUCCAAACCACAGACCUCGGGGACUUGCUGAAGAACAUCCAGCCAACCAUACGCAGGACAGGUCUGGCCGCUAUUUCACAUUUCCUCUUCGGACCUCCACGGCUGCACAGGGAACUCCUGGAGGAGAGGGAUUUGGUCUUUGCCAUCGCACAGUGCCAUGUGGACAACAGCCAAGCAGUCCACAUGCGUGUCCUCCAGACCAUUUAUAAGAGGCUGAUUGGCAGCAGGCUGGACUGUCCUCGCUUUGGGGCGCACUGGGAAAACAUUGGUUUUCAAGGUACAGACCCAGCCACUGACUUACGUGGCACUGGUUUCCUUGGACUGAUGCAUACGCUGUACUUCGUGAUGGACCCAGAGACUCUACCGUUGGCUAGAGACAUCUACAAAUUGUCACAACACCCUACACAGAACUUUCCAUUCUGUGUGAUGUCAAUCAACAUGACGCGCAUCGCUCUGCAAGUACUCAGAGAGGAAGCCAUGUCCAAGGAGUGCAAUCGUCGUCAGCAAGUGGUUGGUGUGCUGAAUGAGUUCUACGUUGCCACGUAUCUGCACCUCUACCAACUGUGGAAGACCCAACAGAAGACCAUUGUUGACUCUGGCUUUGUACUAAAAGAAGUGGAGCUGUUUGCCAAAAAGAACCCCAAGCAGAUGCUGCGGCGACUAGAGGUCUUCCUGAAAGAGAGGCGGGCCGGUGGAAUCCCCCGGGGGACGUCGCCAGACCCUCAGGCCCAACAGCCCUCUCCCACCCAGGGGGCCAGAGCUGGGACAGGACAGGGAAGCAAGGGAAAGGAGAUGCACUUCACAGGAGUGUGUGAACUUCCGCCAGACAUGGAGGGAGAGGCCAGACUCAUCUAAGCUAGACUCUGUGUGUAUGUGUGUGUGUGAGAGAGUGUGUGUGUGAGAGAGACAGAGAGAGAGUGUGUAUGUGUGUGUGUGUGUGAGAGAGAGAGAGAGAGAGAGAGAUCCUGUUUGAGUACUUCUAUCACUGUAUUUGUGAGUGGCUUACUCUCGGAGAGCUAAAACCCCACCAGUCCCUGAUCUAGGACCUCCUAUCUGAACCUAUUUAAACACUUCCACUCCUUCAACUGAUGCUGGGGUGCUGCACUUUGAUCAGACAAAGCUUGAGAGUCUUUCAGAAUUUUGUUUUAUUAAUGUUUAAUUAAUUUCUUUAAACAGAACAUGCAACAGUCAAAUAUAAAGAGCUGAUGCAGGUCAGAAACACAGUGAUUGUUGCACUUUUCUGUGGAUUUAGUAGCCAAAUUGAUAGCUGCCAAAUUCUUGGUUUAACUCUACCUUCCUAGAAGUCCAAAACGCAGACACAUUUGUCCCAUAACAUUGCAGAGUGGGGGAGCAUGGCAUGGAGCGCCUUCUUAACAAGCUUGGCGUUCUCUCUCGCUCUAACAUACAUCUCUAUCACACGACCAAGCUAACGGCUCUUAAUGCACUCCGUUAACUUUAUAAUAUAUAUAACGUCAUAAGAGAGAACUAAACCACUUUCUAGCCCUUCAACAGAGCAAACAAGAAGCAGGUUUUCUCUCAGCAUGAGUGGAGAGCGUCAGAUAGAAAACCCGGGGAGGUGACAGAAUUGUUUGAGCAGGGAGAAGAAAUUGCCAGUAGAUGCUGUUCUCAAAUAUCUCACACUGUAGACUUUGAAGGUGUUAUUUGCAUUCUCUAUUAGAGUGUGAAUGAAAUGUUUGUCAUGUGCAAGAAUGGUCCAGAUGUGUGGAGGCAUAGCCAGUUGUUGGUGUACUCAUUGUGUCUGUUGCCAGGGGUCUGUUAGACUUAGUCCAGAGCUCCCACUUAAUAUGGGGGAAUAUAUUUUAUAUAAUUUAAGAAAUAACAAUUUUAGACCUUUCUGAAGGGACAGCUGUCAAAACUUCAGUUAUCAUAAAAGUAGUUCAGAACUGUCAUUAAGCUGAUGGCUGAGUGACCGUGAGAAGGGUUUUUAUGAAAUGUAAGAAUGUAAGAAACUCCCCUGAAUUUUCAACUGUUCCGUAGUUAAAGCCAAGGAGACGUUUCAUAACCGAGUCUAUGUGCUUGGUUUGGUCCCGACUAAAGUGGAAGUUCUGGUAUGAGCUUUCUCCACAUUCCGUUAUAAAGCAUGUGAUUGUAAUUUUAUUUGACCAGUUAAAAAUGUAUUCCAGUUUGUGUGUGUGAGAUGAGAUGAAAUGCUGAUAUUGAUGAAGGGUGCCUCUUCUAGGAGAUGUAUGGUACAGUAUGCAAUCCCAGCUCUCACUCAAUGAUAAUCAAAACGAUAGUGCUGUGUGGCGAUAGAAAUCGUUCCUAACUUCAGGGUUUGUGCGCUUGUGCAAGCGAAUGUGUUUGUAUGGACGUAUGUGUGUGUUGUAUGACAGGAAAUGACUACAGAUGGGGUGCUUUCCUCUGCACACAAUAAGCCAGCUUUACUAAGUACUUGAUCCAUCAAGCUGCAAAGACGGUACUUUUGUCAUUUUAAAAAUGGUACAUAACAUUUCUGAGGACAGGAUUGAUCCCAAACAAAGAACACAUUCUUUGGUUUGCUUUUUAAAAACAAAAACAAAUGUUGGUUCUGGACACAGCUGCAGUCAGCGGCUUUGUGGCCUGGGAUGGAUAGAGCUCCUCAGCAAAGCUGGUUCCUGCUUUGUGCUAAUGUGAAACCGUCUCCCAUCGUUGUAGUCUCAAUCUGUAGCAUGUUCAGGUAGCACUAGUACUGUAGCAUCUUAUAGCCUCCUCCUCUUCGUAAAGCUUGUUGAUGUCAUGUCUCAGUUACAGUCCGUAGUGUCAAUUGGUGCGCAAACUGUUACUACUAUAGCACAUUUAUUUUGUAUUUGCAUUAAGCCUCCUUCAGUAGACACACAUUUAAUUGGCGCAGUGUAUGUUCUGGAGAGAUGUGGGAUAGGCUUGACAUGUUAUUGAGCUCAACCUUGUCUUCUAAGAAGGUAACAGUUAAAACAGUGCCUACAUCCAGUGGAGCCAUGUGGGGUAGAGCGCUGGUUUAUCCUUGUUUCCUUUCUUUCUUUUUUUUUUCUUUCAUUUUAUCCACCGUGCCAUAGUAGACUUCCUCCAUUCAUGUAACGCAGUAAACAGAGUUGAUGUCUGUCCGUCCCGUGUCGUCCCCCCCCCCCCCCCCCCCCCCUAAAACACGCAGGCCUAAUGGAUAUAUACAUAAACAUACACAAGCAUGUACAUUUUCCAUGUCAACAUCUACUCAGAUUGUUGUACUUUGCCAUCUCCAUUCUCGACCAUAUAACUUCAAAAGUGAGCUGAUGUAGUUUAGCCAAUUGUUUGCGAGUGUUUUGAUCGAACAGGAAAAUUUGCACUGUUGUAGAUAUUUGAUAGUAUGUGUGACGUAUGCAAGAGGAAACAGGCCAUCUUCAAUAGCCAUAAUGUUCAUUAUCACCCACCUCAUGAAACAGGCUUCGUGGAGUCCGAUUCCCCUCCUCCCACUAAGAAAAAUUGCACCAUGGAUAUGAUCUCACAUUUAGUUUUAUUAAAUUUUAAACUGAGGAGCAGUACAGUGUAUGUAAAUCAGGAAGUUUGUAUAUAGAGAAUUAAUGAUUGUAACUGUAUGAUUGUCUGUAGGGCAUUAUACUGAAACACAUUGCUUACCUCAAGACUUGAGACAAAUCUCUCCUUUCUCUCUCCUGAUAUUUGUUUGGCCUAUCAGUCAGACUCUCUCUUUUUAUGUUUCCUUGUACCUAGGCCUUCUCUCGUGCUAAUUGGACAUGUUAUAUAAUGUAUAUUCAACACCUGAAGCACUACGUAAUAGCAAACUAACACAAAAGCUGGUCAAUGUUACGUGUAUUCUAUUUAAAGACACAUUUAUAGACUAUAUAGGCCCACACAUCUACAGAUGAUAAAAUCCUUUUUAAAAUGAUCUAUAUAAUUGGCGGAUGUUUACCAUUUUUGAAAUAAGAUGGUUUUCUUGUGGCUUCAGUGAUAGUACAGUAUACUUUUGCUGUGUUUAAGUGUUUGAUGUCCGGAAAACACCAGAAACAAUCCGGUCUUACAGUCACAAACAAACAGUUCAAUAUAUAUGAUUGUGAAGAUAUAGACUUGAUAAGCAGUCAUACUACGUUGUAUGCUUUGAACUUGGUAUAUAUAUUCAGUAUCCAAACAAGACCUAAUUUAUCCUCAUAUUACCAAAAGUCAUAUUUUCAGCAGUUUUAAUAGAUCAUAUUCUUAUGCGUUGAUCAUCAUUUGGAAGUUGUGACACCAGAACCAAGAGAAGAAGAAAAAAACGGGUUCUUGCAGGAUGUCGGAUGCUCUGAGAUGUGUGGUGUGAAGUUCUGCUUCAAACACAAUCACUUCUCAAUAUCCUGCGCUUUAUAUGAAGGUGUUUUCCUGUUGCCGUCGUCAUCGUCAUGUCCCUCAGAGCAUUUUAUGACUUUACCUUGAUUGUAGAAGCCCUAUUUUAUACUGAGAGUUAUUUCAGAAUACAGUAUGUGCUGUUGUACAUUAAAUGUAUUGUAUGGAGAAAGCUAAAUAAAUGCUGUUUAAAAAUUAAUCAA